AUGGUAUCGGGACAUAACGACCCCAAGCUCUUGUACGCCAUCAAUGGCGUCCAAGCCUUCCACAUCUCCAAUGGCAAGGAGGAGUCCCUCACCCCCGCUGGACCCCAGACCUUGUCGUUGUUGAUGGUGCCGACUUCUUCACCCUUCACCGACGCAGACUCCCCCGCCGAGGACUUCUACUUGCACCUCCACCUACCUCCCGAGCUCGAUCUGCCUCUCCCUGCCACAACCCAGAUCUACCACCAGCCACCAACAAGCUACCUGAUUCCAAGAUGGGAUCUUGGCCCAGACAGUGGUGCUUUCACUCGUAUCGAGUUUCCGGAUACCGGAAGCCGGAAAGGACUGCAGGAGGAUGUCGACACCUUCGAAACCAUCCUUGCGCAAUGCACCGCAUUUCUCGAGCGAGCCCCACCGCCGAAGACCUCGUCCAAGUCGUCCAAAUCAGCAGCCGCCGCCUCCGCAUACCCCUACGAUGACCCUGUUACCGACGCUCCCUCUGCCAAGUCCAGAGCAGCCGCCGCCGAUGGCCUCCCCGCCUAUAAUCCGGCCGAUUACCAGCCUGGACAAGGCUACGCCCCGGGAGCUCACAGCUCUCAUCAUAAUGGCGGCCGGAUCGUAUUGAUCGACGAAGAAGAUGGCAGCGUCAUCGGGGAGUUGACCGACAACUACCAAGUUGUAGAGGAGCUGGGCGUCAAGCCCGGAACAAAAGGUAAGUUUGGCGGCAGCUCGGCCGAGCUUGACUCACAUGGCAUGCUAGAUCCGGUGGAGAUUACACUCCCUGCCGACAACAGCCAAGCCAUUACCGUUCAGCCCGUGUCGCAGGAAUACCGCGAGAUGAUCAUGCACCCAGCAUACAAGAAGUCGUUCUUGGUGUCAAACGCCUCAAAAGCAUCUCGGCUCAUCGUGACGUCGUCGGACUUGAUCACAAAGGGUUUGCAGUCCUCGGCCGAUAGUUUCACUAAGAAGACGAAGGCGACGACCGAACCCGUAACGUUCACUCCUGCAGCUCAUGAUCGUGUACGACGCAUCAAUCAAUUCUCCACCAAGGCGGCUGGUUUGUCGGCGACCACAGUGGGUGCAGUUGGCAAAGUUGCCCAAAACUUGGGCGCCACCCUAGCUAGAAAGAAGGAUGGCAGUGGAAGAGGAUACGACAAAGAUGGCAACCCCAUCGAGGGUUACAAGCCUGGCCUGCUGAACAGAAGUUUGAUGGCGUUCAACACCGUUGCGGACGGCAUCGACCAAGCAGGACGCAACCUGUUGACUGGCACCUCGUCUAGCGUAUCACAGAUGGUGGAGCAUCGUUGGGGUUCUGAAGCUGGUCAGGUAUCUAGGAAUAUUGGCGGCGGCUUCAAGAAUGUCGGCUUGGUGUAUAUCGAUGUCACCGGUGUAUCCCGAAGAGCAAUUCUGAAGAGCGUAGCAAAGGGCAUGGUCGUCGGUAAGGUAAAGGGUGGUGGAGAGAUCAUCGUCGGAGGCGGCGAUGGUGGCGCGGUGGGUUAUUUGGAAGACCAGAAAACUCGCAGAGACGACCAGAGCGACACGGCUAGUAUGUAUACGGCGUACGAGGGCAAUGGCAAGCAGCCAGCUGGCAAGAGGCCAUGA